GUGACAACUCUACAGGAUUGGAUCAUAGCUCCACUGGGUCACCUCAUUUACAUCAGAUCUUUCGGGUAGCCAACAACCUGAUAUUCCUAAUACUUCAUCAGCAACUAUUCAUCACCAGUGUUCGUCACACAAUCUGGAAACACAAUCCACACCGGCGGCACCUCUAUUUCCGUUCUCACGACCGUACUCCUCACCUGACGGACAUUUGAGCUCGUGUGGUGCUUCUAUACCACAGUCGGUACCCUCUAUGCAACCCGCCAAUUGGAUCGAUGGUAAUUCCUCGUUGUCACUGCAAACACGUUAUAAUCUUCUGCCCCGGAUGGAUGGUACUUCAUCAUCCGCGGCUCCGCCCAGACCCAGUGAUAGUCAGUCACCGUUAGAGGCACCCGGGCGGCGACCGUUGCCUGUGCCACCCCAAACCAAUAUAGGGUCCAAUGAUCCCCAAUUUAAGCAGCCGUCUCCGUCCCAUGUACGGAACUCCUCGCAGUCAGGUUGGCCGUGUUCACCCAUCCCAUCGUCGCCUCCUCCGCCCUAUUCGCGUGGCCCUUUCCCCGAUGAUCAAAUGCUCCCACCCUCUUUACCAAGAUCAACUUCCAAUACAUCCUCGUAUCCUGCUCCCGAGGCACCGGUGAUUUUAACGCCGCUGACGCAAGCUGAACGCUGCGGAGAAGAUGCCGAUAGGCGUGCUCCAUAUGACUCAUUCCUUUGCCACGACCCGCCCCCAGAUACCUGGAUAGUAGUGGAGACUUCGCCGUCCGAGUAUAGACUGGUCGUGCGACUCCCUGGCUUCAGAAGGGAUGGCAUUACAAUCGCUACCCGCAGGCGCCGCAUACUUCACGUAGUCGCUGAUUCAUGGGAGCCUCGAGGUGGGCACUUCGAACGUCGCGUUUUAUUCGGAUAUGACGCCGAUCUGGCGCAAGUGCGCGCUGAAUUUGACGGACAAAUUCUUCGUAUCAUUGUUCCUCGGCGUAUUCCGGCCUGGUACCACCAUCAAUAAAUCCUAUGUCUUGGUCUCUGUCACCUGUCGCUCCUGUUAUGUCAAAAACAACCCGUAGAGGGUUGGGCGCAGCAUAACUGGACAGCAUCGUGCUUCCAUCUAGCAUGUCAUUUCUUCGGAUCUAUCCACCGAGGAUCUGUUCACUUCCACCUGUAUAGUACUCAUCAUGGCCAUUUGACCACUCAUUAGUUUAUUUACUCAACCGGUCUGGUUUUGGUCCGAUGCCAAACGAGGUCAGCCUAAGACUCCCAUGCGCGGUGCUCUGAGUACAUAUCAGUAGCUAUCCACUCGGCACUCGCACCUUUAUCCGA